CUUAAAGUCGUCAAUUUGGCAGGCCCUUCUCACAGCUUGGGGCAAUAUGGAACGCAAGAUGGAUCAUUUACCAUGGGCGCUGACGCUAGCUGCUGGAGGGUUUGCAGGGAUUGCAUUCUGGCUGUUUUGUUGGAGGAGAAGUGGAGGCAAGCGGAAUUUCAGGAAGAGAGAACCAGGCGUGCCUGACCAGCCUGUGGUUUAUAACAUUCAGAGCAAGGGAGCACCAACUUUACCAGGAAAUGUUGCUAAAGUUGUCUUCAACCUUGUUGAUUCGACUGUUGGAAGAGCUACAGGCCUGAAAGAUCAAAUAAAUCGGAUGGCAAAUGUGUUUAUCUUCCGUGAUAUUCUAAUGGAGGAUCCGCCUACAUUUUACCCUCUCAUUCGAUGGCAAGGGCGUACAGCUGGCAAAGAGUCUGGCCCUCUGGACCUGGAUGCCCUACUGAAGAGAGGGGAUAAGAGGCCGAAAUCAGACUUCCGCUUCAAAGGGAUUUCGGAUUUUUAUGAAGGAUACAGGUCAGGUAAGUUCACUCCAAGUGAUGUUGCAGAAAAGGCCAUAGCUGCCAUUGAACGUUCUGAUAGAGUGGAGCCGAAACUAAGGGCGUUUGUGGAAUGCAACCCGGAAGAAAUUCGAAAGGCAGCUACAGCAUCUACUCAGCGGUUUGCCAACGGGCGGCCACUGUCAGUCUUUGAUGGCAUACCUAUAGGAGUCAAAGAUGAAAUCAGGGUGGCAUCUCACCAUCUGCGAUUUGGAUCGACUUUUCUUGGCCACUCACUCAGUGAGAAGGACUCGGAGCCUAUCCGUCGGCUCAGGGCUAAGGGAGCCAUUAUCUUGGGUGUUACUAACAUGCAGGAGAAUGGCAUGGGAACCACUGGAAUCAACAUCAGCAAGUACCAUGGCACUCCGCGUAACCCAUACAACGUGAACCACUUCACCGGCGGCAGUUCAAGCGGUUCUGCUGCUGCUGUAGCUGCAGGGCUGUGUCCAGUGGCCCUUGGUACAGACGGUGGUGGAUCCGUACGCAUACCAGCUACACUGUGCGGCGUGGUUGGCUUGAAGCCAACUUUCGGCCGGGUUUCGUGGUCCGGAUCACCGGUUCCCUUCAGUUCUGUCGGUGCCAAAGGACCACUCUGCACCAGUGUCAGGGAUGCCGCUAUCACGUAUGCCCUAAUGUCCGGGCUGUCACCCCAUGACGACUUCCCCAUGGACCCCCCGGCUGUGGAACUGACAGGAUUUGAUGAGCCAGAUCUCAAGGGCUUCCGUUUGGGGAUCUAUUGGGAUUUCUUCCAGCACGCUGAUCUAGAAAUUGUCAAAUGCUGUAAAAAAGCUGUCGAUUUCUUGAAAUCCCGGGGAGCUGAGGUGGUCAGCAUACAGAUCCCGGAGUUGGAGGAAGCCAGAGUGGCCCACAUCCUGACCAUCUUAUCUGAGAUGAGAAGCAACCUGCAGGAAUCCUUCUGGAACCAGUUUGAAGAACACUACUUUGAGAAUGCAACUCUGUCCAUGAUAGAAAGCAUGACGAUUACAGAUUUCAUCCAGGCCCAACAGCAGAAGACUAGGACUAUCUCAUUCCUCAAGGAUAUCUUCCAAAAAGUGGAUGUCAUCUUGAACCCAGGUUGUGCCAUCUUGGCUCCCAAGAUCAACCCUGCAUAUCUCGAGCAAGGCUUCACGGACACCAAGAUGACCAGCGACACCAUGAGGCACGCAUUCCUAGCCAACUUUGCUGGUACCCCGGCCCUGACCGUCCCAGUAGGCUACAGCGCCCUAGGCCUACCCAUCUCCCUGCAGGUCAUGGGCGCCUGGUGGCAGGAAAGCACGGUGCUGAGGGUCGGCCGAAUCGUGGAGGAGUUUCUACAGCAGGUCCACCAACCCAAGGUCCACUUUGAUAUACUGGAUUAAGUCAGGUUUGAGUUCAAGUGGGAGUGCGGCCUAGUGGUUGGUUCAGGGGUCAGGGGUUCGAAUCCAGCUGCUGGUCAUAUGUUGUGUCCUUGGGCAAGCCGCUUCACCCCACUUGUCUCUCUCCACCCAGGAGUAUAAAUGGGUACCUGCUUUAGCUGGGGAGUUAACUGUGAUGGCCUAACAUUGGCUCAUGAGCAUAUGCUGAAAUUUCUAUUUAAAUCAAAUCAAAGACAUUGACAGACUGGGCAACCGCCAACAUCGGGCUUGAUAGCUCAGUUGGUAGAGUACCGGUACGGCAUUUGGGAGGUCACAGGUUCAAACCUCGCUCCAGUCAAUUUCUUGGUUGUAUUAUAUAAUCAUUAAUUUAAAUCUAGUCAACCAGCACUGGAAAAUUAUUUGAAACAAUAGUUUCAAAACCUAUCCAGCUUGAUGUGAAUUUAAUUGAAACGUCAAUAAGUGUAUUUCUGGAUAUUUGAAAAUCUGAAUCAAAUACUGAAAUUGCAAUAUGUGCAUGCAGCACGCAACAUUUACGCAUUUAAUCUGUAUAUCGCAUGGCUAAAUAUAAAAGUAGUUAUAGUGCCGUCCAAUCAUUCAGAAUAACAGUAGUAGAAAAUAUGUCUUCUGAAAAGGUAAAAUGUCGUCUUCCGAAAGUUACAAUGAUGUCAUGAAGCUUGUUUUUAUUCUUCGUAAAAUUCAUCCUUGUGAUGAUAUUAUUGUUGAAACCAGUCACAGAACAGAUUGUGUGAGUAGGGCACGCCCAUAUUGUGCAGAGAUAUGUUUAAACAUAAGGAGGUGUUUUGGUCAACUAAUGACACCUCAGCUUGUAUGUUGGAGGGUGGGGCAAGUGGAUUUUUGCAAUUUUGCAGGACAUUAGUCAGUAGACAAUCGUGUUUGUUAGAAAUGUGGCAGUUUUUAGUUUACAGUGCUCAUUCUGAUCACAUUUAAUACACGUCUGGAAAGUUUUAUCAUUAAGAAGUUAAUCUUGUCUUUUUUUGGUGUCAUCAUUUGGUAGAAUUUACCGAUUAGCUCUAACUAUUCAAUAGUCAUCUGUGUAUUAUUUAUGACAAUUAAAAUAAACCCAAAGAAUAAUUUCAAA